UAGGUUUCACAAAAUGUGCUAAAAUAUUCACGCUUGUUCGAUUUCGUGGAGAAGAAUUUGAUUGAUUGAUUGAUUGAUUGAUUGAUUGAUCGGUUAUAUGAUGGCUCUCUGCAAGCGCAUGGUUAAAUUAGUCUCGGAUUCUGGUGUUUGUUUCACCAACUUUGACUUGAGUUACUCUAGCAAGAUUGAUUGCAGAAAGAUUUCACAACUCGUUAAAUCUAAUGGAAAUCGUGCCUUUCUUGUCGAUACAUUGCAACUGGUGAGGGGCUUAGAAGCUCAUGGCGUGCCAUCGAAACAGGCUGAGGCAAUAACGGCUGCAAUUACUGAAGUUUUAAACGACAGUUUGGAGAAUGUGGCUCACUCUUUUGUUUCCAAGGCAGAAAUGCAAAAAAAUGAGAUGGCUCAAGAAUCAAAUCUUUCAAAGUUUAAAUCUGAAGUGCAAAGUUUGCAGGAACAUCAUUUUUCUGUGUUGCAACGGGAAACUGAGAAGCAUAGAAGCGACAUUGAGAAAAUGCGCAGUGAACUAAGAUAUGAGAUUGAUAAGGUUACUGCUGGACAGCGCUUGGAUUUAAAUCUUGAAAAAGGGCGUAUACGAGAUGAACUUGCUGACCAGAAAGCAGAAACCACUAACCUCACGAAUAAACUAGACAGGGAAAUUCAUGCAUUAAGAGCCCAGGUGGAGGCAGCUAAAUAUGAUGUGAUCAAGUACUGUAUAGGUACCCUGGUCUCUAUAUCUGCAGUUGGGCUUGCAAUUGUCCGUAUCUUGAUGUAAAGCUACAAUCGGUGAGGCAAUUCUGCAGAAAUACUAAUUUUUAUUCUUUUCUGGCAACUACUGCAUAAAUAGACUAUCGGAUGAAUAAUAUUCUUCUCUGUAAGAAAGCAAACACAAAUUGUUUGAAACUGUUGUAAGUUGUUAGAUGAUUUUCUUUUUGUAACUUGGACACAUCAUCUUUAAACCAGAUGGGUUUGGGGCUA